AUGGAAGAAAGACGUUCCUGGCAAGCUUCGGGCCGGGGCAGGCAGCCACCAAGUGGCACCGGCGGGUCCUGGGGUAAGAAAUACGAGACAGCCUGCGAGCUGCCAGGUGAUCCGACCACUGGGCUCCGCAUCUCCUGUACCCUGUGCUCCAGGUCCCCAGUGGCAGCGGCCGCCAGCCCCGCGUUCCUUCUGUGCCUCCAGCUUCUGCUCCUGCUGUCCGACUGGUACCGAGCGGGGUGAGCCGACCUUCACUCUCUUUGCUAUGAAAUCACCAUCAUCCCUAAAUUUAGACCUGGACCACGGUGGUGUGCGGUUCAAGGCCAGGUGGAUAAAAAGACUUUUCUUCACUAUGACUGUGGCAACAAGACAGUCACACCCAUCAGUCCCCUGGGGAAGAAGCUCAGUGUCACAAAGGCCUGGAAAGCACAGAACCCAGUACUGAGAGAGGUGGUGGACAUGCUCACAGAGCAACUGCUUGACAUUCAGCUGGAGAAUUACACACCCAGGGAACCCCUCACCUUGCAGGCCCGAGUGUCUUGUGAGCAGAAAGCCGAAGGACACAGCAGUGGAUCUUGGCAGUUCGGUUUCGAUGGACAGGUCUUCCUCCUCUUUGACUCAGAGAACAGAAUGUGGACAACGGUUCAUCCUGGAGCCAGAAAGAUGAAAAAAAAGUGGCAGAAUGACAAGGAUGUGACCAUGUCCUUCCAUUACAUCUCAAUGGGAGACUGCACAAGAUGGCUUGGGGACUUCUUGAUGGACAUGGACAGCACCCUGGAGCCAAGUGCAGGAGCAUCACUCACCGUGUCCUCAGGCACAACCCAACUCAGGGCCACGGCCACCACCCUCAUCCUUUGCUGCCUCCUCAUCAUCCUCUGCUGCUUCAUCCUAGCUGGCAUCUGA